AUGCUCGGGAAUGAGAACACUCAACAAUGGCAUAACAACCAGAUUGAAGAAGAGAUGAGAAAAGCCCUAGACAAGGACUAUGAUGUCUGCCAAGGCGUGAUUGAAGACAUUGCUGGCGCGGCGCAAAGCUUCCAGGACGACUUCCGAUGCUUCGAUGGGCUCGCGGCAGAAUGCCGACUCGCAAAAGAGAGGACUGACUGGUCAUCCCAAUCCCAGGGCGAAAGUCUCAAAGACGCUGUGCGCCGGCUUCGCGGACGGGUGAAAAUCUCACUGGACGAAUCCAGGUUCGAGAAACAUAUCCAAGAUCUGCGAGCGUCCAUCGACGACCUAAGACGUAUCCGAGAGCAGAGGAGUGAGCUGAGGCGAAAUAAGAAUGAGCUCAUAGCGACGAAGCCACUUCGUGGGAAACUAAGCCAAGAAUACGGGCAUAUCGGUCAAGUUAGGAGGGCAUCGAAAGCCUUCCAUGGAGCCCUUGCUAAGCUUGAGUUACUCGGCAUGCGCCAUACUGUCCGACUAUUUCUGGAUACCACGGUCAAAGACGGUGUUCAGAUGCAUGUUGCUAUAUCCUGCAUGGGCCAUGAGCUUACUGAUAGGGCUAUGGCACAGGAAAGGCUCGCUAGAAUUCUAAUACGGACCUGGAUUGCUGAAACCGACAACUCUACGUCAGGUAUACCUGGUCCAGACGAAAGGCCCCGGCAGAAACGAAGAAAGGUUCGCUUUUCGGAAGACGCACGAGAAGAGGCCGACAAAGAAAAUGACAAGUUUGACGCAACGAGGGGUGCUCAUCAUCACCAGGGCUCAUCGGUCAACUUGUGCUCAAAGGCCUUGGAUAGCGUCUUCAACUUCGCCUCGGAAGGGGUCUGUAGCGAUCAAUGUCUCGGCUCAUCGCAAGAUCCAUUCCGGCAUUCGAUUUACCCGGGAUCCGUGGACAGCCACAACCAUAUCAUGGCCACGUCUCAAGCUCUGAUGUCAAUGAAUGACGUGUUAAUGACUCCCGCCGAGACCACGCUUUCCAUUAUCGACCAACUCAAACUGGCUCGUGAUAUGGUGAGCGCGGUUGUCAAAUUUUACUCGACACCGUGGCUGAGAGAAUACUUCACCCUGCGGGACCUCUCCUUCUUUCAAAUGAGCGGGGACUUUUCCAGGUGCCUUCGGACCCUUCAUCUAGGCUUCGACUUUGUCCAGUCAUCCGCCGCAAGCCUACCACAAAGCAUGGAGGGGAUAGAGGCGACGGCCAUGCCCGACAGCAGCGACGGCGGCCUUAACGAAGUAGAGACCGCCGCUGAGCGCGCAAAGUUGGAGUACGGUAUACGUAACCUGACACUUUGGAGCCUCGGCAUUACUCUGCUUCAGAUCGGCCGGUGGUCGAGCCUAGAGGCCCCGGAAGACGUUCUCAGCGUUCGGAAGCUAUCGCGACAGGUCCCUACAUUGGGUCCGAAGUAUAGAGACCUCACCAGGAAGUGUCUCGAGUGUGACUUCGGGUUCGGUGACGACUUGUUGAAGCCGCGCUUGCAGCAGGCUGUGUACGAGAGCGCGGUGUGCGAGUUGAGCGAUAUGAUCAAGACCCUCGAUGUCAGCGAUGAUUGAAGGUGUUGGUAGUUUUCUAAGAUAGUUGGCAUUAAGCUGACGGACAGAAAAGGCUGCAGUAGCUGUAGAUAAUUGGUAAGGCUAUGGAAACCUCAAAUCGUAUCAUUUCAUAGUGG